GCGCAAGGAAGCUCCCGGAGUGGCGCGCCAAAUUUCAAAGGACUUCCUCCUGGGAGGAAAGACGGCGAGAAGCCCCACCGAAGUCCGGCAAACAGCGGCGACAGAAUACCGCAGAAAAAUAAAGCUAAGCCGAUGUUUUAUGGGUGAAAUCCCCCCGCUGAGCCGUGGAUUGAGUCAAUCUGCGUGGAUCUGAGGAUUUAAAGACAUGAAGUGGGUGCACAGCUUUUUCAUUGUUAUUAGACAGUCCCCAGCUGUUGCACCCUGUCAAGCUUCCCACCUGUGAGUUGGCUGAUGUCAAUUGAUGUCAGCGAGUCUGGGAUUUUAAUCCCCUCCACACACACACAAACGCACGCGCACACACAGAGAGAUCAGGCCUCUGGUGACAGCUGCUCAAACCUGAAAAAUAUUAGUUUUCAAGCUAAAAGUCGCACCUGUUACCACCAGGUUUACUUUUCCGGGGUUUAAUGUUUGCGGCACAUUAGCGCGCGCACGGUCCACAUCACAGCAGCUCUUUUAUUCUCGGGCCCACCGUCUUCUAGCUUCCACUCCACGGGGGAUUUAGUCUGUUUAAACUGGGGCUCAUAACAGAGUGCGGGAGCUCAUUUCCACACUUCACCGGCUUAUACGCUCCUCUAUAUCCUCAUUACUUAUUCAUGUAUGCACAGGAGGACACAAGAAGACAUCAGCUUUCCAUACUAAUGCAAACACCUGUUGCUCAAAGCAGCUGCACCUGUCUGUAACCUUCACACUUGCUGCUUUCUGGUGCAUGUCAGGAAUAUUUUAUCGUCAAGUAUAGAUUGCUGUUAGCUGUCAGUGCUCUUGGGUCGAGCACAAAUGGCUUCAUUUUAGCUCCACUUCACUAGCACAGAUUUGUUCAAAAAUGGAUCGUAGCUUGCUCUAAGUCAGGGCCUGUCACAGAUCAGGGGUGGCCUCUGGGUGGGGCAGGUUGGGGGGGGUUUCGUGGUGGCAGACAAUCACAGGCUUAAGCCAUGCUGGCCGGGGUGCAGCCGUGCUUCCAGCUGCUUCGGAUCGGGUCGUCGGCGGGUGACUCGGCGCGGGACCUGUACACCUUCAGGCCGGCGCAGAACCACUCGGUCUUUCGUCUGGGUCGAGCGGCGGAGCUGUGCGACGUCACGCUGGACUCGCCGUCGGUGUCCCGCAUCCAUGCUGAGGUCGAAGCUGAGAGGGAGACGGUUGAAGGAGAUGAAGCUCAAGAGGAGGAAGGAUGGAGGGUCCACAUUAAGGACAGGAGCAGCCAUGGCACGUGGGUCAAUGAGGUCCGCCUCCAGCCGGGCAUACAGUGGGAACUCUCAGAUGGCGACACGCUGAUCUUCGGAGGCCAGACUGCUCCAGGAAACCCGGAGUUCUACUUCCUUUUCCAGAAGGUUAAAGUUCGCCCGCUGGACUUCGAUGCAAUCACGCUUCCAAAGGCGGGAACCUUUUCGUCCGACUUGCAGAACAGGAUUAGGACCAGCUUGGACCGCAAGGUAGCUGCAAACCUGGACCUUUCGAAGCUGUCCAUCAACAGAGCCACGGUCAUCCUCAACUCCAUCGGCAGCCUGAGCAAGAUGAAGGGCAGCGCCUGGACCUUCAAGAGGAGCCACAGCCACGAGGGAACCGUCUCUGACCCCGGCACCUCGACCUCGCCUCCUCUUGCCGUGGGCUUUUCCUCCCUGCUACUGCCCUCCACUCCUCCAUCAUUCACCUCCGCAGCUUCACUGCCUCAAACGAAGGCCCUCCCUCAGACCUCCAGGAGCAGGAGGAAGUCGGCUCACACGGUGCUGCUGGAGGACGACAGCUCAGACGAGCCCAGAAGUCGAGGAGUUUUGGCAGGAGUUGUGGAGGAUGGACAGAGAGCUCGUGGGAAGAAGAGGCGGAGGCUCUACAAGUCUGAAUCUGAAGGUUUCAGCUUGCCGCCGCCUCCUCAGCUGCAGCCCAAGACUCACAGCGACAUCCGCAGGCCGCUGGAGGCCAAGCCCUUCCCCGUCGGUAUCCGGACCAUCGGCAGCUUCCACGGAGCCAUGACAAACAGCAGACUCAACGAGCACCUCUUCCAGGCAUCCUUCACAAGCAAACAAGAGGUGGAGAAGGUGAACCGAGUCAAGACGGUGGUGCACGGAAACAUCGCGGCCUUCCGCCAGCAGAAGCCUGCCCAUUGCUCCCCAACCGCAGCGAGAGGGAGGCGGAGAGCCAACAGCUCCCCUGUAUUCUCCCCGCUGGUGGUAGGAGGGGAGAACUACAACCUGGCCUCGCCGUCGGUGAGGAUCCGCGCAGACGAGAGAGUUAGCGUGCAGUUCAACCGAUUUCAUCAUCCAACAGGUAAGCGACGCGGCCGCCCCAGGAAACACCCCCUCCCACCACGGCCUUCCCUGCCCUCUCCAUCCUCCUCAUCUUCAUCCUCUACCUCCUCGGCCUCCUCCUCCUCCGGCUCCUCCUCUUCCUCCUCGGACGAGGACGAAGACGACGAGGAAGAGGACGACGUGAUGGUUGGCACGGUGGAGCCGUGCGCGGCGCCGCGGUGCCGGCUGCCCCAGCAGGACACGGUGCAGUGGAUCCAGUGUGACGUGUGCGACGCCUGGUACCACAUAGACUGUCUGCACGUCGACCGCAAGAAACUCCUGAUGGACCCCAACGCUGACUUCCACUGCGGCUGUCGCUGACGGCAGGGAAGCCAAAUUCUGGAUGAUUAAAUGAAAUCAAAAGCCUCACUUUGAACUUUAAAGCUGACACUUUCCCCUCCUUAAAUGCUUCUUUUCAGUCAUAAAGUGGAAAUUAAGAUUUUUUCCUUUGAAGACGGGCUGCGACUUCAUCUAAUGACCGCUGAGCCGCUCUGCACGAGCACGCGGCGCUUUUCUCUCGCCUCAAACGUGGCUGUUAAUUCAAGAAAAGAAUUUCUUUUGAUAUUUUUUACAUCCUGAUUUGACAAAGUUUGAGCAUUUGUGACCCAACAGUAACAGAGUUACUCCACGAGCCUCGAGCCCACUCAGCCUCAGAGCUUAGGCUUUUGGAGAAGGAGGCACAACUCUAAUGAAAUGUCUCAGCUUGGAUUUCAUUAUGGCUUUGACUGCCUGGAGAGGUGCAAUCAGAGCAGGAAAACACAAUGUUUGAGCACAUCCCCAGCGUGGCUGUGGCUAUCCAGGGAGCGAAGUGCAUUCAGGAAAAUUCAGGCCAUUGCUGGACUCUAUAAAAAGCUCUUUAACGUCCUGAAUUUUGUUCCGCUGCCACCUUCACAAUUUCAAAGCCAUUAAAAAAAAUUUUGCUUGGUAAUCAGACUUCAUUAGAGAUUUGAGUGCGGCUUUCUUGAGUGGUAGCUGCUGUGUAGGAGUAGAUCUGUAAUCAUUCGAUGUGAAAUGCCAAGAAAUGUGUCAGCAGACUUGUGUUGAUGCUGCUGAUGAGAAGUGCUCCUGGGAUGCUAAUCAAAUGUUUGAAGGCACUUCUGUGGCAGCAGAGGCAGCAGCAGCUGCUGGUUUCUGGGAGGGAUGUUUGUGACUGAGUGCAGGCUGGCAGUGUGGCGGCUGCUGAAGGCAGGACUCAUUACCAGUCAAAUGUCAUGUCGUAUAAUCCGCUGGUGUAACAGGAAAAAAACAGACUCAUAAAAAUGAUCUUGUCGCCUCUGACUGGUGGGAUGAGUUUUGAUGUCACAGAUGAUUUUUAGGGUCGUCUCUUCAGCUCUGCUUCCACCUUCAAGAGACUCUUCACACUACUGAACUGUGGGGCCAAAAUGGGUGCUUCAGUCCUGAGUGAAAAGGGCUGGACCUGACUGAACUGUCUCUGAAAAGCAGAAAUCUUCACUUCGGUGCUGCGUGUGAGUAUGAAAUCAAAGUGUGGAACGCCAAAAUCUUUCUCAAGCACCUUGCUUUUUAUUUAAUUCCAAAUUUCUACAUGUUCUGGCUCAUCUGGAGUGGAAACGGCCUCUUUUCCCCACUCAAUUCUGCUCCACUCUUACAGUCUUUAUAAUAGCUCCAUCUCUGUUCAGAUGAGAUAUGAUAGUGUUGUAAUGAAAAGUCUGUGCUGGUGUUGUAUGUGUUUUUUUUUUUUCCUUUUAUUGUACCACAAUGGGAGCACUGCAGUUCUCUGAGCGAGCUUAAAGUGGGAGAAUGUGUGGAAAGUUUCAUUUUUUUUUGAGCAAUAACAUCAAAAACGGGGGGGAAAAAAACAAAAAAACCCAUAAAUAUAUAUAUUUUACAUACUAAUGUCGAUAGAGGUUGAUGUGGACUGUAACAUUGAUUGCUUGCAGUUCACUUAACUUGGAUUUUGUCAGUUUCACUGGUGCUUGGAUGCUGACAGCCUCUCCUGCUGCUUUGCUGAUUGUCAGAAAUCCAGCAAAUAGUUGAGGAGAAAAAUAUAUUUGUGUAUAUAUAAAAAAAAUCAAAAAUCUGUGCACUGAUUUAUCACUUCAUUUUCAAUUCAGUGGAUUGAGUAAAAAAAAAAAAAUCCAAGCAUCUUAAUGUACGCAAACUGUUUUUGGUAGUUUGAGUAUUUUUGUCCAUUUUGAUGUUCAACAACAUAUCACAAUAAAAUACGUGUUUCUUCACGCUGCUGCAAUAAUACAAUGUUAGUUAUAUACAGAUUAACAAUAUGACCUCAUGUGAAAUUCAGGGUUUAAUGACCUGUUUGCUCCUGUUUAACAGUCUUAAAAGAAAUUGUUUGUUCUUUCUCUCUGCUGAUCUUCGGGUGUCUUAAAUGGAGUUUGUUUGCAGUUUUAUUCCCCAGUAAAGAUGGAAGUGUCGCAUUCUCUC